AUGUGCUUNUAAAAAGAAAAAUUCAGCUAAAAAAUAUUAAAAUAUAUUCCUUUUAUUCCGAAAUCAGAUAGCACAGCAUUCUAUGAUAUUUGGUAUUCUUAAUUAUUAAAUAAAUAAGAAAUGUUAACAUUUUUUGAAGCUAAUAAAAGGUAAGUUAUAUAUCAAAUUUAAUAAAUAGAAUUCAAUAUAUAAUGAAAGAUUUAUAAACUGAAAGAAGCAAAAAAACUUUAGAUGAUUCAUAUUCCACUUAUUUAAAUGAAUCACAAGAAAUCGAAAAACAAUUUUCACAAAAUUAAAAUAUAGCUAUUGAUAUUGAUGAGGUAUGAAUAAUAAUAAAUACUAUGUUUAAGGUUUCAUAAUUAGCAGGUCCUUAUACAUUAUCUGAAAAAGAAAAAUUAAAUGAAAAUCUCCUUAAAUUUGUGAACAAAGUUUAUGAAUGUUUUGAAUCUUUUGAAACUGCUUCUAUGACAUUGAAUGAUGUUUUUACAGCUUUCAAAGAAUCAUAAUAAUAUGAAGUCUUUCUUGAUUAUUUACUUAGUAUAUUUUUCUGGGGAUCAUAUCUUCCUCUUAAAAAUAUUUCCAAAAAAAAAAUGAACACUGUAGUUUGUUAAAAAUUAGCAUUUGCAAGAUUUACAUCUAACAUUAAUAAAAUAGAAACUUUAAUUAAAAAUGAAAAAAAUAAUUUAGAUACUAAUAAUGGAAUUAGAGUAUUUAUUUAUUACUAUUCAAGUUAAUAUAAGAUUUGGAAUUAAUUAUUCAAAGACUUAAGUUGAUGAGGGAAAACUUUAAAAAAACUAUGAGAAAUUAACAUUAACACCCAUCAAAUUAAUCAAUUUAAAAUGAACCAAAAGAAAAUGAAGAAAAAAAAUCUAGUAUUGAUAAUUAUUUAUAAAGCUUCAAAAAUUAAUGAAUCAUUAAAAAUUUAUUUAGGAUCCUUUAUUCCUUUAGGUUGUGGACAUAAUGGAAAUUUGAAUUCAACUGAAGUAGAAGUUCUAGACUUUCAUAUGUCCUAAGCAGGAGUUGUAAAAUAUUGA